UGCAUUUGCUGUUUAGCAAACAUGAAAACCACAGCGCUUUCUACAGGAAAAAAACAAAAUUUUGAAGGUGAAAGAAGAGCAAAAGUUGAGUUUGUCAUGUCCUGAAUAAGUAUGUUGUCGUGAGCAACAGAAAUCGAACAGGUUGGCCAAGCGUAUCAACAGCGGUUGAUGACAGAAACACCAAGAGACAACGGUCAGUCACAUCUCUGCCAGUGGCAGAGCUAGAAUUUUUCCCAAGGGGUGGGCAAAGCUAUUUCGGGGAGUGGUGUUGGGGUGGAGGCGAGUCCACGAACUAUAACAAUGUGUUUCUUGAUCAAUGAAUUGCAGUCGGAGUCUGAAAAUGUUGCAAUUUACUUGGUAAGCACAGCUUUGUGCACAUAAUUUAACAACACAGUGUACACAAACAACUGCAACAAAUUUGUAAUAAUCAGAAUAAUCCAUGCACCCAAUCUCUUUCUCUCGCUCAGCUCACACUCUCCAGUUUUGUUGCUCUUUGCAUGAUUCACAAUUGCACAAUCAUUAAAUCCCCACAUCAACCAGAAAAAUGUCGGGGGAAAAUGUUAUUGACUACUGUAGAUGUAAGUUUCAUAUUCAAACUUUCAGCCACUUAGUGGUUCCCACGUGGCUUUGCCUCAGGAAACCCAAAUAUAACUUAGGUAGCCAUUAAAUUGCAACUAGCAUUUUUGACAUUCUUUAGCAACUGAAAUUAGUUUCCCACAAAAAGAGCCUUGUAGUACAAAAGCCCUUUUGCACUGUUGAAAACAUGAAAACAGCUGAUAGAUAUGAAACAUGAACAUGCAUGACAAUCAUAAACAUGAAAUUUAAAAAAAGCACAAUUUCUAAAUGAAGUAAAUACAAAGGUGGGUUUUUUGGAGUUGGAAAAGGCAGACUUCUUGAAAAAAAAACAAGAAGGAAAUACAUUUGAAUUAUAGGGACGAUAUAUCUUUUAAACAAGGUACAACUCCAAUUACAAUGAAGUCAGGACAUUGUGUUAAACAAAUACAAAAAGAAUACAAUGAUUUGCAAAUCACCUAAAACCUAUAAUUAAAUAAUUACACUACAAAGACAAAAUAUUCAAUGUUCAAAGUUUGUUUUUAGCAAAUAAUCAUGAACUUUGAAUUUUAGGGCUAUGACAACCUCCCAAAAAGCUGAGACUGGUGGCAAAAAUAGAAAAAGUUGAGGAAUGCUCAUCAAGCACCUGUUUGGAGCAUCCCACAGGUGAGUGCCAUGAUUGGGUAUAAAUGAGCUUCUUUCAAUUGGUAAUGAUGGGCGCAACAGUUCUUUUGAGUGGACUGAAUCACUAGAAUCAGUUCGUUACUAAGAUAGAGUAUGUUCACAAAUUGUUCAUUCUUUUUCAUAAAAUAAUUUUAGUGCUUCCUCAUUCCAUUAAUGAGCCAUCCCCGAGGUUCAGGUUCACUGAAGCACUAUAUGCAUUAUUGUUUAUUUUAAAGUAGGAAAGACGGGAGAUUAAGCAAUCGCGAAGCAAUCGCCAGCCAGUGUGAUUUUUCUGCAUUUCAGUGCACAGUAUCGCUUACACCAGCAUCCGCUACCCGGGAUUCCUCCUCACUCACUUUACUGUUACUAUCUUCUGAAUUGUUGAAAGUGUCUGAUUGAUGAGAAAUGCUAUAUACAUUUAAAGCAUUAUCACUAUCAACAUCAUCCAUUCUUUUUCUGAGCCGCUUAUCCCCACAAGGGUUGCGAGAGUGCAGUUGUAAUCAGGCAUACUAUCAUCAUGAAAUUAAAAAAAAAAAGAAUUUCAUAAUUGUCAUGAUCCUGCCGCUCCAGCGCGAGCUGUGCGCCGGUGCGCUGAUUAGCAGGUGCACACCUGCGCCUCAUGCAGCCUGAUUAUGCUGUGGAUUUAUAUGACCGCGAUGACAACUGGCCGGCGCCAGUUCGUAUGAUCUUCAUGUCCCGUUCGUGUGCUCCGGUAUCCUUGAUUGAACCUGUGUGUACCGACCUUCGUCCGUUCUCCGACCAACCUCGUAAGACUGACUCCUUCGUUACUUCUGCCUGCUUUGAUUGUUCUCCUGUGUACCGACUCCUGCCUGCCCGCUCACCUGCUCUCUUCGCCCGACGUCCCAACUACCGCUGCUGCACCGGACUGCCUGCUCGAUCCCCGACCCCGGCAUAUAAUAAACGUUUCUCCUUGAACUACCUUGCAUCGUCCGAGUCCUGCAUUUGGGUCCUACUCUCAUUCCGAUGAGACGUGACAGAACGAACUGGCCACAACAGGACCCAGCAGGAAGGACCCGGCGUCGCCGGGACCGACGCAAGGUAGACCGUCUGGUGGAGGACCAAGCCUGUCUGAUCCGGGUAGGCUCCUUGACGUCCCCCGCUUCCGUGUCUUAUGCUCCGCCAGCGAGGUAUGAAUACGUCCCGAACACGACCCGUCCGGCUCCUCAUAUUCUUCUGGACACUGACUUUUCGGAAUAUGAGGAGGAGCAUGAUUUGUAUGACCGGCUGCCUGAGUACGACUCCGAUGACUUGGAUUUUGAAUCUCUUUGCCCGGCUUUUCAUCCCAGUCAGUUCGCUCCACCUCCCCGCGUUCCCAGCACCCAAACUUCUUCGCCCGGUGGAUACAAAUACACCAAUCCGUUUGAGGGAACCCGCUUGGCCAUCUACCAGGGACCUCCGCGUGGCGGCCAGAGGAGACGCCCCGGGCCGGGUGCUCCCUUGUGCCUCCCGCUGCGCGGCAACUAAGACACCGUCCUCCCACUCCUCGCCGGCAACGGCGAAACCCGCAGACCUGCAGCUGGUGCCGAAGCCUCCAGCCAGGAUGGAGGAGGAGCCGCCAAAUCACGAGGCGUUCCGCCGCGAAAUGCGGGCAGAGAUAGAGCGGAAUUGGCGGCUCUCACGGCCCAGGUCCGGCAAGGAUUGGCGAACCAGCCGAGCUAUGCUGACGUCGCAAUGGCGACGGACUCGCUGCUGACGCAGGUUCACAUGGCAGUUGGAACUGACCCGCUCCCGAGACACGCCCACGUGUCAGUUUCGACUGACUCUCUGCCUACUCUCGUUCACGUUGCCGUGGAAACCGACCCGCCCCCUCGCCAAGUGCACGCUGCAGUGGGAACGGACUCUCCACCUCGCCAAGUGCACGUCGCAGUGGGAACGGACUCUCCACCUCGCCAAGUACACGUCGCAGUGGGAACGGACUCUCCACCUCGCCAAGUGCACGUCGCAGUGGGAACGGACUCUCCACCUCGCCAAGUGCACGUCGCAGUGGGAACGGACUCGCCACCUCGCCAACUGCAUGUAGCUGUGGAAACUGAUCCGCCUCCUCGCCAAGCGCAUGUAGCUGUGGAAACUGACCCGCCUCCUCGCCAUUCCCACGUCGAGGUUUUGGCUGUUCCGAGCAGAGUUCACGCGGCAGUUGGAAUUGACCCGCUCCCGAGACACGCCCACGUGUCAGUUUCGACUGACUCUCUGCCGACUCUCGUUCACGUUGCCCUGGAAACUGAUUCGCCACCGCGUCACGCCCACGUUGCUGUUUCAACGGAUGCACUGCAAGCUCACGUGGCAGUGGGGACCGACCCGAUGCCGCCUCACGUUGCUGUCCAGGAGGUGGCGACAUCUCCACAGCCGCUUCUCGCCCGUGCUCUGGAGUUCCAGUGGCGACCGGGCCGCGGAUGCUCCCCGUUCCUGCUCUGUCGGUGACCGGCCUGCGGUCGCUCCCCGUUCCUGCUCUGUCGGCGACGGGCACGCCCAUACGUUCCCGUCCAGGAGGAGGCGAUGGUGUCGCCGCCGUCUCACGUUGCUGUCCAGGAGGAGCUGGGGAGUUCUGUGGAGCCACCCUGGAGCUGGAGAGACUUCGGGAUGGUGGUCAUGGCUCUGGUCCUUCUCUCCAUCAUCCUAUUCGCUCCAGAUGGCCCCCAGCCUCUUCAUGACCUGGCCUCGUUGGUGACCAAUCCACGGCUGCCUACUGAACAAGCCUCAGAGGCGACCAAUCCCUGGUCGUCUUGCAACCACGGCGUGGGAGGUUCUCGUCCGGAGCGGUGGCCUGCCUCGUUCUGUUUCCUGCUUCGUCGUUUGGUUCCUCACAGAGGUCGUCCGCCCGAAUCGCCCCUUGGCGUCCGG